CUGGUGAUUACUAGACAUCGCGAGAUGAAGUGGCUUAGUUUAUUCCUGGUAUUCGGAAUCCUCGGUCUCAUCGGUAGCCUGGGCACCCUAACAAUGGCGGCACCCAAUCCGGAACCCAAGGGUCGUCCGCAUACAACUCGACGUCCCCGGAACGAUAAUGAUAGCGAUCGACGUUAGCAAUCCGAUCGCAUGGAGGAGAUGGAGAUGGAGAUGGACAAACCUCCCCGAAGAUGCACCGAACCACAAAAGACACAGGAUUCACAUCGACUCUCGGUGAAGGUGAAAUGUUUUGGAGUUGAGAAAAUGCAAUAUGUUGAGGUCCUGCUCAUCUAGCGGGCGGGAUCUCCCCCGAACACAAUAAAAAGGCUAACGUUUA